CCCCGUUCCCCCCAAAACCCAACCCCGGCACCGCCGCGUCCCUCCGGAGCGGGGCCACCUUAAACCCGACAUCCGCCGGCCGGGCCGGGCCGGGCUGUGCGGGGACAUCGCCGCUUCCACCCCGAGCGCCCCGAACUCCCCCUCCUGCACCCCCAAACCCCCUCCCCGAGCACCCCGAGCUCCCCCGCUGGCACCCCGGGGUCCCCUCUUUGCACCCCAAGACUCCCGGUGCCCUCCCCAAUCCCCUCCUUGCACCCCGAGACUCUUCCUUGUGCCUCAAGGUUCUCUGCUUGCACCCCCAAAAUUCCCGCUUUGCACCCCAAAAAUCCUCUCCUUAUGGCACUCUGAGGUCCCCUGCUUGCACCCCGCGUGUCCCCCGAGGUCCCCACCUGCCCCCAGCCCGACCAGAGGCAGCGCCCAUGGAGUUCUCGGAGCUGAUCAAGACGGCGACAGUGGAGAACGUGCUGCUGUCGCGACAGGGGCAGCCCGCGGUCCGCGGCACCCUGUGCAUCACCAGCCACCACCUGCUGCUCUCCUCCUGCCCCCGCGGCGACCUGGAGCUCUGGCUGCUCAUCCGCAACGUGGACGCGGUGGAGAAAAGGUGCGGCUGUCCCCAGGGCUGUCCCCUCCUGCCAGCCCUGUCACCCCUUCCCGAGCUGGAGGAUCCCCCCCGUUCCCCCGCUGGGCACCCCGCGGGCACCCCGCUGCCCCGCCCAGCCGUGGCCUUCCUCUUCCUCUUCCAUCGACCUCCUCUCCUCCUCAGAGUGCACAAUUUGGGCUGGUACCAGCCCCCCCGGACUGGCGGCUCCCUGCGGGACACCAGGUUCUGCGGCUCCUCCGGCACCAUCACCCUGCGCUGCAAGGACCUGCAGGUGCUGCAGCUGGAGAUCCCGGGCAUGGAGGAAUGUCUGAACAUCGCCAGCUCCAUCGAGGCGCUCUCCUCGGUGGACUCGGUGAUGAUGAUGUACCCGUUCUUCUACCGCCCGGCGAGCCUGCGCCUGCAGCACGGCUGGCACCGCUUCACCCUCGAGAGCUUCUUCCAGCAGCUCUGCUCGCAGACGAGCCAGUGGCGGCUGAGCACGGUGAACCGGGAUUUCAGCGCCUGCCCCUCGUACCCUCCCGCCGUGAUCGUGCCGGCGGCCGUGGGCGAUGACACCGUGGCCAAGGCUGCUCGGUUCCGGCAGGGCGGGAGAUUUCCCGUUCUCAGCUACUUCCACCCCAAAAACGGCACCGCUCUCCUCCGCAGCAGCCAGCCCCUGACGGGGCCCAACCGCCGGCGGUGCCGCGAGGACGAGAAGCUGCUGGGGACGAUCCUGGACGAGGGUGAGCGCGGUUUCAUCAUCGACACUCGCUCCGCCCAGGCGGCCAAGCAGGCGCGGAUGGGCGGGGGCGGCACCGAGCCCAAAUCCUGCUACCCGCAGUGGAGGAGGCUGCACCGAGCCCUGGACAGGGGCCGCCCACUGCAGGAGAGCUUCACCAGGCUGGUGGAGGCGUGCAGUGACCCCUCGCUGGGCAUGGACCGCUGGCUGGCCCGGCUGGACAGCAGCCGCUGGCUCGGCCACGUCAAAGCUGCCCUGAGCACGGCCUGCCUGGCUGCCCAGUGCCUGGACAGGGAGGAUUCCAAGGUGCUGGUGCACGGGGCGGAGGGGACGGACACCACGCUGCUGGUGACGGCGCUGGCCCAGCUCAUCCUGGACCCGUCCUGCCGCAGCCUGGAGGGGUUCCAGGCGCUGCUGCAGCGGGAGUGGAUCGAGGCUGGGCACCCCUUCCACCUGCGCUGUGCCCGCUCCGCCGCCUCCCACGGCCGGGGCAAGCAGGAGGCGCCGCUCUUCCUGCUCUUCCUGGACUGCGUGUGGCAGCUGAGCCGCCAGUUCCCCUUCUCCCUGGAGUUCGGGGAGCAGCUGCUCCUCGCCCUCUUCGACAACGCCUACGCCUCGAGCUACGGAACCUUCCUGUGCAACAGCGAGAAGGAGAGGAGCCUGUGUAAGGUGAAGGAGAGCACCCACUCGCUGUGGGACUGGCUGAACCAGCCUGAGGAGAGGCACAAGUACCUGAACCCCCUCUACUCACACAACCCCCUGGUGAUCUGGCCCUCUGUGGAGCCCCAGAGCAUCCAGCUCUGGCAGGGUUUAUUCCUUCGUUGGAUUCGUCCUUCCCAGCACCUGGAUGAGGCCUGGGAGGAGAUCCAGAGGUUGGUGAAGGGAAACAAUUCCUCCAUCAAGGAGAAAAGGCUGAGCCAGUCCCUCCCUGAGCCCCCUGCUGGGACAGAGAGCAGGAGAUGAAGCGUGGACAGCUGGGGUUUGGGACAAGGUGACACUGGGUCCUCCCAUGGGAACUGUGCAGGACACAGAGCCCAUGGGCAGCUCUGGGACAGGGCACAGAUCCCCCUUCUCUGCCUUCAGCCCAGCCUGAGCUCCUUCAGUAAAUUCAGUAAUCCUC